AUGGCGCCUGCCGUGUUACCUGCUGGCAGCAGCGGCAGCUCCCCAGCAACUAGACUCCAAGCAGAACAGGGGCCCAGCAGUCACAAAAACGAGCUCUACCAUCCCGGGCCAACUCAUCUGGGGCGCUUCAGGCUUGAUGCUGAAACAUGCUCCGAUGCCGUCGUGCAGCAUCCUGAGGCCUUCGGCCUUUCGGGUGCCCCGGUGCUCAGCCGUCCCGGCGAAGGUGUGGAGGUCUUUGACGUCUCCGAAGCACAGCUUUUGGGAUGCCAAGAUUUGGCUUUCGUCCCAUGGCGUUUCGGGCAUGCGCUGAUUUGCGUGGCUGCUAGCUGUGACAGUGAAGAUUUGGUGCGCCAAGUGGUACUGCCAGCUUUCUUUGAAGCCCUGCAAGUGGAUAUGGCAGCAGAAGAGCUGCACCAAAUGCAGCCCGUUUAUCGCUUGGCUCAUUGGAAAGAGAUGCGAGCCGAUUUCGUGGUAGCCGGCUUUGAGAGCGGCGGUAGCAGCAGCUUGGUGCACUACCUGCACCGUGUGCCAGACAUCUACAUCAUGCCAUUCGAGCUUUCCGACUGGGCUCGUGACUUUACCUUGCCGCCGGCAGCAGCACCCAGCUGUGAUGAUGAGCCCAGCUAUUGGCCGGCCUUCAUGAGUUUCGCUUUUUGGCCGGCAGCAGAGACUGUGGAACGCUUCAAUCAGCAAGUGCUGCGCUGUGGAACGCCACCACGACGAAUAGGUGUCUGGGAUUCACGCUAUGCAACCCACGACAUCGCACGGCGGAAGAUUCAGGCGCUGUUGGCGGACAAAGAUUCUGCACGAGUGCUGCUGUGUUUUCGUGAUCCAGUGCGAUAUGUCGUUUCACACUUCAACCGCCUCAGUCCCGAGAGCCCUGGGGGCAGCAGCUUGCUGGCGGUGGUGCAGGGGACGGAUGUGGAUCCGGAUCCCUUUGGACUUCGCUUGUGGAAAGGGAACUACACUUUGCUGGCGCGGAAAUUGGCAGCAGCCGUUGGUUGGGAACGGCUCAUCCUGCAGCCCUUUGAUUUGCUGACAGAUGCUGAUGAGAUGUCUGCGCUGCUCCGCGGGCUGGGCAGCGUCCAUUCCCUGGGCCAGCUGGGCCAGCUGCCGCAUCGCAACCGAGGCGAGUCGAAACGUGUGGAUCCUUGCGCUCCGUCUGUGGAAGAUCGAUCAGCUCUGGCGCAGCUGGAGAAGCUUUACUUCCCAGAGUUCCAGCGGUUGCGGAGGUUUACUGGCGGCCGGUGGCAUCACUGGCACAUGAAAAGAUGCCCAAACAGCGUGAAAACUUUUUUUUUGUGGCGGAAACACAAUUUUGAGAUUCAGAUUUCAGUUGUACUUUAUAAGAAGCCACUGUUUGCUAAGAGUAGUUGGUAUGAACAAGACUGA